CCAGGCGCACUGACCAUGAGCCUCAACUCCUCUCUGGGCCACUGGAAGGAGCUGAGCAACCGCACGGGGGCGGCCGCCGGUGAAGGGGGCGCCGUCGUCGCCGAGUUCGUCGCCAUCGUGGUCAUCACCAUUUUCGUCUGCCUGGGCAACCUGGUCAUCGUGGUCACCUUGUACAAGAAGUCCUACCUCCUCACCCUCAGCAACAAGUUCGUCUUCAGCCUGACGCUGUCCAACUUCCUGCUGGCGGUGCUGGUUUUGCCCUUCGUGGUGACCAGCUCCCUUCGGCGGGAAUGGGUCUUCGGCGUGGUCUGGUGCAACUUCUCCGCCCUCCUGUACCUGCUCAUCAGCUCGGCCAGCAUGCUCACCCUCGGGGUCAUUGCCAUCGACCGCUACUAUGCUGUCCUGUACCCCAUGGUGUACCCCAUGAAGAUUACGGGGAACCGAGCCGUGAUGGCUCUUGUCUACAUCUGGCUGCACUCCCUCAUCGGCUGCCUGCCACCGCUCUUUGGGUGGUCUUCCGUGGAGUUUGACGAGUUCAAGUGGAUGUGCGUGGCCGCGUGGCACCGGGAGCCUGGCUACACGGCCUUCUGGCAGAUCUGGUGUGCCCUGUUCCCCUUCCUGGUCAUGCUCGUGUGCUACGGCUUCAUCUUCCGCGUGGCCAGGGUCAAGGCCCGCAAGGUGCACUGCGGCACGGUGGUCCUGGGGCAGGAGGACGCCCAGGGGACCGGGCGCAAGAACUCCAGCACCUCCACCUCCUCCUCGGGCAGUCGGAGGAACGCCCUCCAGGGCGUCGUCUACUCCGCCAACCAGUGCAAAGCCCUCAUCACCAUCCUGGUGGUGCUGGGCGCCUUCACGCUCACCUGGGGCCCCUACAUGGUGGUCAUCACCUGCGAGGCCCUCUGGGGGAAGAACUGCGUCUCCCCGAGCCUGGAGACCUGGGCCACGUGGCUGAGCUUCACCAGCGCCGUCUGCCACCCCCUCAUUUACGGACUCUGGAACAAGACGGUGCGCAGGGAGCUGCUGGGCAUGUGCUUCGGGGACCGGUAUUACCGGGAACCCUUCGUGCAGCGGCAGAGAACGUCCAGGCUCUUCAGCAUUUCCAACAGGAUCACAGACCUGGGCCUGUCCCCACACCUCACGGCGCUCAUGGCCGGCGGACAGCCCCUGGGGCACAGCAGCAGCACGGGGGACACGGGCUUCAGCUGCUCCCAGGACUCAGGGACGGACGUGAUGCUGCUUGAAGACUUCACGUCUGAUGACCAGCCUCCCCCCCACUCCACUUGCCCAGCCAAGAGGAGGAGCUCGGUGACGUUCGAGGAUGAGGUGGAACAGAUCAAAGAAGCUGCCAAGAACCCCAUCCUCCACGUGAAAGCCGACGUGCACACAUCUUUGGACAGUUACGCAGACAGCCUGGCCAAAGCCAUUGAGGCGGAGGCCAAAAUCAACCUGUUUGGGGAGGAGGCAUUGCCCGGGGUCUUGAUGGUGGCGCGGACCAUCCCGGGGGCUGGCUUUGGGGGCAGCGGAGGCAGCCGAGCCCUCGGGAGCCAGCGGCUCCAACUGCAGAGCAUCGAGGAGGGCACCGUUCCAGCUGCGGAACAGAAAUGAGGGCCUCGGGCUGGCCUGUGCCCCAGACGGAUGCCCACAGCCCACCGAGCCGGGGCCCUGGGAACGGGUAGGAACGGCAUCUGGGGUGCAGCCACCAGAAAAAACACCGAGAACUGCGUCCACGCCAGGAGCUCUGUGUCUGUGCGAGCCCACCCGUGGGCUUCUAGAUCCCAGUGAUGGGACCGAGGCAUCAAAAGCACAAAGAAAAGCAGA